CGGUAGCAACACGUCGCUCACUGGUAUUGCAAAGCACUACUACUGGCCCCACAUGGCAGCUGACGUCCAACAAUUCGUCACUUCGUGUGCUACUUGUCAGCGGAUGAAGAGCAGCAAGCAGAAAAAAGCAGGACUUCUAUAGCCUCUUCAUGUCCCAGAACAGCCAUGGCAAAUGGUUAGCCUGGAUUUCAUAACCGGGUUACCAACUACCACAAGCGGUCAUAACGCAAUCCUCGUCGUCAUCAACAAAUUCUCCAAAUUGGGACACUUCAUCCCGACACACACGACAGCACGCACCGAGGAAACAGCACAACUAUUCUUUCGCUACAUCCUCUCACAACAUGGCAUUCCAACCACACUCAUCUCCGACCGAGACCCCAAGUUCACCAGCAAGUUCUGGAAGGAACUAAUGUCUCUACUCGGGACCAAACUCGCCAUGUCAUUCGCCUACCAUCCGCAGACAGAUGGACAGACCGAGCACCUCAACCAAAUUGUAGAGCAGCUCCUCCGCGCCGCAUGCAAAGACGAAAUCUCUAAAUGGAGAUUUGCCUGCGGAGGAAGAACGGCGUCUGCCCGGCUACCAACUACUUGGAAGAUUCACAAUGCCUUCCAUGUCCAACUUCUGCAGCCCUAUCGCAACCCUAACACGGUCUUCACCGGACGCCAACCACCGCCGCCGCCACCCGUCCUCGUCCACGAUGAACCCGAGUACGAGGUCGAGUCCGGUGUUAAUUAUACCACCCAGCUUUGAGGUAGGGAAGUGUGAGAGUACGACCCCGUUACACCAAUUUCCCCUUUCCAUAUUUCCUCUUUUUCAUUCCUUUUCUUUUCAUGGCUCAUUUGGUCUUUAUCAUAUCUCAUUUGGUUUCCUAUUCCUCAUUUUCGAUCAUCCUUUGGUUUAUAUUGUUAUUAUAAUUAUAUCACCGACCAGACUCAGGAUGUACUGACACGCUAUAUCUAGCGUAAUCCUGCCGUGAUCCCUUUAAGCCAAUAGCAUCGCGUGGCUAUACGCAGGGUGAUUCUAUUUCUAGAUGGGUCUAUUCCCUUUGGAUAGGAUAAACGUGGUUACCUGAUGUACUUAGGAAGUAUAAAAGUGCCUUGUAUCA